ACAUACGAAGCUGCGCAUGCGCACAUCAACCAUAAUAGGUUGCGGGAACUGGUCUUACUGAUCUGUCAGACCCUAAGACCAAGUUUGAAAGGUUCAUUCGCUGGUGAAUUAUAUUCUUUAUCGGUUUAUUUGUGAGUGAGCAAACAGGUUUACAAUGGCCCACUCUGAGCCUUCGGCCUCAAAGGCAGUGGAUGGAGGACUGUCUGAGGAGUUUUCGGUCCCCUCUCAUGCGGAGGAGGUCAAGAAACUCAUGGCAGAUUUUGCUGAACAUCACGGAUCAGCCGGGCGCAGAGUAGUCCUCAUCACCUCUGGAGGAACUAAAGUGCCUCUGGAAUCCCGGACAGUACGGUUCCUGGACAACUUCAGCAGUGGUCGACGAGGGGCCUCCUCUGCAGAGUAUUUUCUGGACUCAGGCUAUGCAGUAAUCUUUCUGCACAGGCAUCGUUCUCUCUACCCAUACACUCGUCUGUACACAGGGGUCAAUUUACUGGAUAGCUUACGAUCAGAGAGUGUAGAGGAAGAUGCUAGUCAGAUCCUGGUGGAUCAGAACGCACUUCCAAACAUCGCAAAUGUUUUAAAGCGCUAUCAGGAGGUGAAGGCAGCAGGAUUGCUGCUGCCGGUGGAAUUCAACACCUUGUCGGAGUACCUCCAUCUACUCAAGGCUGCAGCUCAAGCAUUAAGCUCCAUAGGGUCCAAGGCUAUGUUUUAUUUGGCUGCUGCUGUUUCUGAUUUCUACAUCCCAGCAUAUGAAAUGCCAGAACACAAAAUCCAGUCCUCUAACGGGCCGCUUCAGAUAAGUAUGAAGAUGGUUCCCAAGAUGCUGUCCCCACUGGUGAAGGACUGGGCACCUAAGGCAUUCGUCAUCUCUUUCAAGCUGGAAACGGACCCCUCCAUCCUUCUGGAGCGAGCACGGCGUGCCUUAGAAACAUACAACCACCAGGCAGUGGUUGCCAAUGUUCUCGACACACGCCGUGGUUAUGUGGUUGUUGUCACCAAGGACACACAACAAGAACUGGUCCUCACAGAUGAGGAAGUGCAAAAAGAGGUAGAGAUUGAGGAGAGGAUUGUCAGUAAUCUGACUGCAGCACACAGUAAAUUCAUGUCUAGGGUAUAAAAACUGUGCUGUGAUUUUGUAGCAUGUACUGUAGGCUCAAGGCAGAUCUGGGAUCAGUUUUUGUUGUAUUGUAAUAAUUCUGGUUCAGAUUUGAAAUAGAAAAACUGUUCCUGGAAAGUUGACUUCUGUUUGUGUCGUUCCAAUUGACAUCUGCAAGUUCAGAAACUCCUCUGUUGUGAAAUUCAUUUGUUUUUUUUUAGAGAUCUUAUCAUUUCCUUUAUAUCAGUUUCCUCUAUAGAAGAAAGAUCUUUUCAUCUACUUUCUUUGGAUUUUAAUCAGUUAAAAUAAAAUAUGCUCCAGCAAUUAUUAUAUUAAUGUUCCCUUUGCUUAGUAAGUUCAUCUGAAAGAAAUCACAUGCUUUAACAGCUGAUGUAAAUUAAAACUUAAAUAUUACAUAAUGUACGUGUAAUGUAUAAAAAAUAAACUUGCUGCAAUGAACAUUAAAUGUGUUAAUACUUUUGAGGUUUAACAUUUUAAUAUGCUAAUAGUUUUGAAAUGCACAUAUCACCAAAAUAACUAAUAAAUAGCAAUUUACUGUGA